AUGGAGAUAAAAAAUGAUGAUCGUCACCAUCCCUCGGCGAAGCGAAAUCGGGGACCGAUUCUGGAGGUGCUCCGCAAAGAGCUCCCUGAUGAUGGGUCAGGAAUGGUGCUGGAGAUCGGGUCUGGCAGUGGUUGUCACGCUGAGUUCUUUGCCACGGUGCUGCCGAAACUGCAGUGGCAGCCCACAGAGUUUGUGGCGCUCACAGGGAUGGCUGUGCUCAAGGAAAUCGACAUCGUCGGUGCAAAGGCAUUGCCCAAUGUGCAGCCAGCGCUUGCGCUGGACGCCUCCGCUCCGUGGGAGGAGUGGCCGACUGAGGUUCAGAGCUUGGCCGGUGACUUCACCAUGGUGUACAUGUCCAACGUGACCCACAUUAGCCCAUGGAAGGUGACCUGCGGUGUCAUGGCAGGGGCGGCGAAAGCCCUGGCCAAAGGGGGGCGUCUGAUCAUCUACGGUCCCUUCAAGGUCGAUGGCAAGUGCACCCCACAGAGCAAUGCCGACUUCGACGCGAGCCUGAGAUCGCGCGACCCAGAAUGGGGUUAUCGAGAUAUCGCCGACAUUGCUGCUGAGGCCGAGAAGCAAGGCAUCAAGUUCAUUCAGCGGCAAGAAAUGCCGGCGAACAACUUUUUCCUAACCUUCGAGAAGCAGUGA